GAACCGCAGCGUGGUUUUUCUCACAUAACCUCAAACCGAAUGAUAGCCAGGAAAUUAUCCUUUCCAAGCCCAUAAACGCAACGGACUUAAUGUACUCUCAACCAGAAAGGGAGUCGUGUGCAUAUUUCCUUAGCAUUGUUUUAAACUUCGCCCUCGUAGCUACAAGUCAUGUUUAAACAUUUGCUAAAGCGUCGAAGCGAGGUAUUCAUCACUGUUGGAAGACGCGCGACUAAACGUCAACUAAGCAACAAUGCGGCGUCGAGUUGGUUCGUGGAAAGGGAUGAGAAAAAGACGUUGCUUCAAAAUGUGAGGAAAAAUUUUCCCGCCAGACGUAACGUGGGAUAUGAAUAUGCCAGUAAUCCAAAUCAUGCAAUCCCGGAACAAUCCGCUGAAAUUUUAACAGUCUUUGGGGUUUUCAAUAACGCCGAAGAUCAGUAUGCGCACUCAGUUAUGGAGGCGAGAGAAGCUUACGCUGAGAAUCUGGUCCAGCCACUGCCAGGCUGUACCGAGGAGAUAGCGGAGGAUGAAAUAGAGAAUUACUUGAAUAAGAGCUGGAAGGCGUUACCUAUCGAAGAGAUAAUUUAUGCCUUCAAGAGAAUAACGUACUAUGCCAAGAAAAAUGAUGAGUGCAUCAUUGAUGAAAAGUAUAAUAAAUUUAUCAAGUAUUUAAUAGCAAAUUGCGAGAAAUUCACGGACUCUGAACUCAGUGACGUCUUACGGUUCAUCGCUCUCUGGCCCCUGAAGCACAGCAAGAAAGAUAAAUGUUUCAAAUCAUUUUACAAAGCUUUGGACAAGGAGUGCAUACGUCGAGCUCCGAAUUGGUCGUACAACGAAUUGUUGUAUUUCUGUGACCACUGGUACUUCUUGAGACUCCUGAAAUACACGGACUUUUCUUGGUACAUUAUGGGCAAGACUAUUUCUAAACCGAGUAAAUUGACGCCAACCAAUUUGGUACAGUUUAUGUUCUACGUUCAAUGUUGUCGAUGGCGUCCUGGCAAUAUGUAUAACUUUGAGUAUCAUCUCGAGUCUUGCGUCAAUGAACUUGAUCUUAGUGAACUGGCCGUCAUAUCAAUGGGGUUUUUUAAAAGCCAAACACCAAUUAGGAACGCCAAAUUAUUGAUGAAAAUAAUCCAGCGAGUGAUCAAAGAUAUUGACAUGGUCAAUGAAAUUUGCCUGUCAGCUUUCAUGAAAUCCAUAAGGCUCUCAACUAAGCUUCAUCAAGAGCAUGACAUAAUUUGGGAAUUAAUAUCAUCUACCUUAUCACAAAUACCGAGACUUUCGGUGCAAGCCGUAGUGCAUAUUGUCGCGACUUGUGUGAAGCUGCGCCUCUAUCAUCCAGAGGUAUUGACAGCUUGUGUGAAAAGAUUUAUCGAGACUAAGAAGAAUGCCAGGCUGAAGGACUUGGAGCGUUUAACACUUGGGCUAUCUUGCUUUAAUUUAACUUCCGACCAGUACCCUAACAUCUAUGAAAUUAUUCUAGAUGAAUUAAGGGAUGACAGUAGGGUGGAAGAAUUGAAAAGAUACGCAACAUCAUUGGCUAACUGUUUGCAAUACCUUAGUACUGUGAACGUCUAUCCAAAGGAUUUAAUCUCAAUGGUGCUGGACCCUAAUAAUCUUAGGUUGACAUAUGGGCCAACAGCUUACAGCAUACCAAUUCCAAUAUUAUUCAUUGAUGCAAAUGUUGAAAUAGAAGUCCCAGACUACACAGGCCCGAGACUUGGAAUUAAGUCACGAACUACGAUAACCAAGCUGAUCGUUACCCCACCACCAAAGAAAGAUGUUUUAAAGAUGAGUGCGCGUCACAGGCUUGUGGUCCAAAUUAUGAAUACUUUUGAGGCAAUCUUUGACUCGAGUGAAAUGAUGCAUCUAGAUUGGGUGUUACCACAAUUUACAGAUGGAGAUGUGAUCAUUUGUUUGGAUAAUAAUGGUUCACCACUCCCAGUAAAACAAAUAAUGUCUGAAAUUCCUUUCGGAGAAAUCAAGAGAGCACCGAAAGUGUAUCCCGAAGGAUCCAAAUGGCUUGCAGUAUUCAUUUGUUCACAAACUUGCUACAUUAAGGACACUAAUCUUCUACUUGGCAAGGACCUCGUUAAAAUCAGGCUAUUGGAGAAAAUAGGAUACAAACCAGUAAUUAUACCGUGGACUGAAUGGUAUGCGACUCAGCUGGAUCAGAAACAGUAUUUGAAGCAUAAAAUUCUUGAGGAAUAAUUUUCAAAAAUAAGAAUACUUCUCUGCAUCGUAGGCAAAUAAUAAAUUCAGUUGGCAAGUACGUACAGAACAACACAUUUUAUUUACAAAUAUAAUACAUUUAUUACAAUUAUCACUGUUAUUAGAUGUGUUUGUGUACACCUAUAAAAAUACACAAGAUAUAAUUUUUACUUUUCUGUUGGAGAAUAUCGCCAUGCUCCUGUUCUGGAUAUGCAAAGGUGACUGCCGGUGUUGAAGUCUUUGUAUAACAGUUGUACAAAAUAUAAUCUAUUGCACAGCGCAAAUGGAGACAGAAUUUACAGAAACUGACAUUUUAACAGUUGAAAUGCGUUGAAAUGCAUGAAAAUCAUCUAAUUAACACUAAUUCUCUUCUAAUUAUCCCAAAAAAAAUUUUCAUCUAAUGUUCAAGCUGAGUUUUGAGUACCACGAAUUGAAAAUUUUACACUUGUAACUCUGUUCGUAAUUGAAUAAUCCAAACAUCAAUCAUCGAAAUAUUUGUGCAUCAAUCCUUUUGAAUAUUCGUAUGUGACAAAUAGUGUUGCAGUAGCAGGUACUGUUCUGAUUAAUGUUGGUUUUAAGCCAUUGUAUAGAGCACCGAUACCUUCAGUUCGAACAACAUCUUUGAGGAUAAUAUACACCGGUUUUCUUAGAUUCUGAACCUGUAUGAAAAGCCAAUUAAUUAGAAUGCAAAGUUGAAAAUAAUUCAAUUUUGCUUUAGCCGUCGUAGUGAAACAGGGUGCAGAUGGGUAUCAAGGAAACAGAUAUAAAAAUGCCGGACAAACCUGUAUUCUGCUUUUAAUUACAUCAGCUGGGAAUAUAACAAGCCAGAAUAUUACACCACCAGCAGCUCCGGCUAUCAUUGUAUUAAUCCAGCCAAUAUCCUCUUUAUUUUGUCCUGGUUUUGCAAGCAAUUGCCGCGUAGUUUCAUAA